GCCCCUUGCCAAUCAGAGCAGCUCUCACGUAGACCCCUCCCCUCCUUCAGAGAGAUUUAUAGUGGCCCUGUGCGCCACUCUAGUGUCACUUCAGCCUCUCAAAGUCUGAGCAGUCAGGGGACGACUCAGCUGCAGGAUUAUGGCACCAGCAAAGAAGGGAAUCUUGGAGCGUCUUGACGCUGGCGAGGUCGUGAUCGGCGAUGGAGGUUUCGUGUUUGCCCUGGAGAAGAGGGGCUACGUCAAGGCUGGUCCCUGGACCCCUGAAGCUGCUGCAGAAUACCCUGAAGCCGUGCGACAGCUGCACAGGGAGUUCCUGAGGGCGGGGGCCAACGUCAUGCAGACCUUCACCUUCUACGCCAGUGAUGACAAACUGGAGAACAGGGGCAACAAGCUCACCUUCACUGGAGCUCAGAUCAACGAGGCCGCCUGCGAUUUGGCCCGCGAGGUCGCCAGCGAGGGCGAUGCCCUGGUCGCCGGAGGAGUGUCUCAGACUCCAUCCUACCUGAGCUGCAAGAGUGAGAAGGACGUGAAGGCCAUCUUCAAGAAACAGCUGGACGUUUUCAUCAAGAAAGACGUGGACUUCCUGAUUGCUGAGUACUUUGAGCAUGUUGAGGAGGCCGUGUGGGCCGUGGAGAUGCUGAAGGAAACAGGGAAGCCUGUGGCUGCCUCUCUGUGCAUCGGACCAGACGGAGACAUGCACGGCAUCUCCCCUGGAGAGUGUGCCGUCAAGCUGGUCAAAGCCGGUGCCCAGAUUGUCGGAGUCAACUGCCACUUCGACCCCAUGACCUGUGUGCAGGCUGUUAAGAUGAUGAAGGAGGGAGUGGAGAAGGCAGGGCUGAAGGCUCACUACAUGGUGCAGCCGCUGGCAUUCCACACCCCCGACUGCAGCUGUCAGGGAUUCAUCGAUCUGCCAGAGUUCCCCUUCGGUCUGGAGCCCAGGAUCCUGACCCGCUGGGACAUGCACAAGUACGCCAGAGAGGCCUACAAGGCGGGCAUCAAAUUCAUUGGUGGCUGCUGCGGAUUCGAGCCUUACCACAUCAGGGCCGUGGCUGAGGAGCUGGCCACUGAGAGAGGCGUCCUCCCCGCUGGGUCAGAGAAACACGGCAGCUGGGGUGCUGGUCUGGAGAUGCACACCAAGCCCUGGGUCAGAGCCAGAGCCCGACGUGACUACUGGGAGAACCUGAAGCCAGCCUCCGGUCGCCCCCAGUGUCCCUCCAUGUCUGUCCCUGACGGCUGGGGUGUCACCAAGGGCCACACUGAUCUCAUGCAGCAGACAGAGGCCACCUCUCAGGACCAACUCAAACAGCUGUUCGACAGGUCAAAGACCCAAUGAGUCAGCAUGUGACCCUCGAGACCUGGCAGCAGAGCUGGGUCAAACAGCUGAGCUGUGGAACUACUGAGGCUGCACGGUGGUGUGAGCUAUCGGUCAGCUGCGCUACAGCUAACAAACUUGAUGUCAGGGUCCGAAUCCUCACUUUGAGAUCGACUCUGUCGAUUAUGAAACUGUAGUUUAUGUGAAGCCACAGAGGCUCAUCUCAAGUGAGGAGUCGGCCCAUGUAUAAGAUCGGGACCUUUUUUGUUUGUGUAAUGGAAUAAGAUCUAAUAAAAAAUGUGAAUUGGUUACUUA